AAGGGAUUAUGAGACAGCUGCUGCCCAGCUCAACACUGUCAUUGAGUGAGGUGCGCCAGUGCCUGAAGCUUGAUCCUGAUCACAAACACUGUUACAGCCAUUACGAGCAGGCCAAGAAGCUCAACAGUCAGAUCCAGUCUGCAGAGGAACUCAUCCGAGAGCAGAGGUAUACAGAUGCAGUGAGAAAAUACGAGGCAGUGAUGAAGACCGAGCCCAACGUGCGCCAUUUCUCUCUCCUCGCCAAAGAGCGCAUGUCCAUGCGUUGGUACAGGGCCAGCUGGCCGGCAGAGCUGUCUCAGUGUGUGGCGAAGUCCUCCAGGCAGACCCGGAGAACGUUAACCUGCUGAAGGACAGAGCUGAGGCAUAUGUCCAAGAGGAAGAGUAUGAGG